AUGAGGGCAGCCCAGGAUGCCAUGGACCGGGCUCCCUACUCCGACGGCUUCGCGAAUCUCGUGGAGCUGCCGGAGGCCUCUGCUCCUCCGCCGCCACCGCCGGCGCUCUCCGGCGGCAGUGGCGGCGGCAGUGGCGGCGGCCGGGGAGGGGGCAUGGGUAUGAUGCCGGUGCCGGAGGCAAUGGAGGCGGCGCCCACAGUGGAUGUGCAGAAAGCCGUCAUUCAGCACAUGGUGGAGGCAGCCAAGCGCAAGCGCGUUGAGGCAGAAGGGCCCAGCAAGCCAGCGCCUAAGGCGCCGACUCCCGUGGCAGAGGGCUCGCCUUGGCUGGUGUGCACGGACCCAAAGAGCGGAGCCAUGUACUACUACAACAAGGACACCAAAGUUUCGGCUUGGGAGAGGCCGGCGCCUGCGGCGCCGGACCCCUCCAACGCGCCGCCCCCGCCGGCGAAGGCGCCGCCGCCGCCGGCUCGGCCCGGCUGCGUGGGCCAGUGGCAGGAGGUUCUGCCGGAGGAGUCCAUGUGGGCGAAUCACGCGGAGAUGGAGGCUGCCAGGGAGCGGGAGCAGCGGCAAGCGGCGCCCGAGCUCUUCGAGGACGAGAUCACCGUGAACCCGCUCGCCGACAUGAAGUACGAGGUCGAGGGGUGGAAGGGCCACGUGGCGGACGAAGACUUGGAGAAGCACGAGAAGCAGAUAGAGCAGAAGCGCAGCCUCACCGCCGGCAGCGCCAGCUUUCCCGUGAACAAGAAGAGGGCCAGCGGGAUCCGCAAGAAGCGGGAGGAAGAUUGA